UAACCGUGCGCGCAGGGAGAGGGCAAACAGGCAUGUCAGGGCAUGUCUGAUCCGAGCACCGCUAGAUAUUCGAUAAGUCCGUAGCCUACGUGGUCGAAAACAACAACACCAAAACGAAACAAACAGGUGGCCUCAUACUUCAUUCAGUUUCAUUGAUGAAUCAAGGUGUCAUCAUUUGCAUCCAUGGACUGCACAGAAAACCAAUACAGCCUCAAUGAAGAGUGCCAUCCUUGUCUUCAGUGUGAACCAGGCCUGGAGCUGUCCGAGGACUGUGGUUACGGAAAUGGCCAAUCAGCUCAUUGCACCCCUUGCAGUUUGAAGACCUAUAAAGAGGAUUGGGGCCAUCACAACUGCAGAUUUUGCCAGUCAUGUAAACGCUUGAACAGACAGGAAAAGUCAUCUUGCACGUCACGGAGGAACGCAGUCUGUGGGAAGUGCUUGCCUGGAUUUUACAGUAAAAUCCGUAUUGAUGGGCUGCAGGAUCUGGAGUGCAUGCCAUGUGUGUCCUCCUCAUCUUCUGGGCAGCAGUGCAGGAGAAGCCGAGGAGUUGAUGUGGAAAAAGAGUCCGUUUCAGGCAUCCUUCCCCAGGAUAAUGCUCCUGCUGACACUGUUUCUGUGGUCCUGGUUACCAUGGCAAUCACUCUCUCGGUUGUGCUAUUGAUAUACUUCAGGCAGACCAUACUGCGGAAGUUCUAUAAAGGAUGCCUGGCUUUUAAAAGUAAAAGUCAGAUUGACAUGGAGAGUGCCGCCUGCAGAGUGAACAGGGUCACCCUGAACCCAAACCAAGAAGAGCAGAUUCCAGGUCCUUGUGGUGUUUUCACGGCAGCUGAUUAUGGGACCCAGGGAGAUGAGUUAGACCUGCCGGAGUCUGUUACUAUCACACCCCAGCAUCCUCCUCAGGGCUGCAGUCAGACACCAGACGUCCAGCCUCUGGCUCCAGAUGUAACUGAUGGUUACUGCUCCUCUGGGUUUGAGUCUCUGACAUCGUCCGAGCAACCCUUUAACAGCCAGGAGCUCACCAUGGCGACCCUAGCUCUGCUGACCCGGCAACCCUCCGACAUCCAGGAGGUCACCGUGGCGACCCCGGCUCCUUUGGAGGGGUGUGCUCGACGGUCCCCUUGCCCGCCGUCUCAGACAGCCCAGGGCCACUGCGCUUCCCAGCUUCAGGACAACUACCAGCAUGUUCCGGUGGAAUGCACUGAGAUGGAUAUCCACAGGGUGGUUUCUUCAUCCCUGGACCUCCUCCACUGCCAGACGGAGCAGCGCUGCAGCUCCGGGAGACUGGGGGCCAGGGCCGUGUCUGGGGGUUUGGACGACCCUAACAACAGCAACACUGUCAGGGAACAAUCGUGGAGUCCUUCAGCUCGCGUGAAGGAGCCACUUGACAGCUGUUUCAGGAUCCCACAGCACAGAGGCUGUUGCAACAGUCCUGGAUACAGUAAUCGGAUGACAGAAACACUUAAAGUGUGAAAUGUGAAGACAAAUUCAACGGUAAAACAGGGUGUGGGUUUGAGGAGGCUCCCACAGACUUUGAUGGAGUCGCUGACCCUGGACCCGAUGCCCCCAAGACUGCAGAAUCUCAAACGGGGUGCUGAAUCAGGGUGCCGUGCUUCGAGAGGCCUGUGUGGGUUUAAGUACAGUGCCCUCCAAAAGUAUUGGAACAGUGAGGCGAAUUCCUUUAUUUUUGCUGUAGACUGAAAACAUUU